UAUUGUUGGUUAAGUAGCUAACAUUAAAAAUAAAUACUUUAAUUACACAAUUGUUUUGAAUAGAAGUGGCUAAGUUAAAAUAGUAUAGCCAGCUAGCUAACAAUAUCUAUUUAUUUAUAAUCUAUUUAACAUUUAGCCAACACAAGUGCUAGACAGCUUCUAUUGGCUAGCUAGCUCACUAGCUAACAUCCCUUAGUAAAACACUAAAUUGUAGUAGGCUAAUUUUAGUUAAGUUGGCUAUUGAUAGUUAAGUACCUAACGACAUUUUUACUGUCAUUACACAAUUGUCUUAUGUUUUGAAUAAAAUUGGCCAAGUUAAAGUCAGUAUUUCUUUUAUAACCUGCUAGCUAAGAGUAUCUAAAUAGCAAUAGUUCAUUCACAUAGAAGUUAAUGAUAGUUAGAUAUGCUAACUUCAACUGUGACUGGACAGAUGUCUAGCUAGCUAAACUACACUAAAUUGUAGUUAGCUCAUUUUAGCUAAAGUGGCUAUUAGUGGUGAAGUAGCUAACAUGAACUUUCGCUACUGCCAUAAUGCAAUAAUGUUAUGUAUAUAUGUGCACAUGUUAUUGUAAAUAUAUGUAAGUAUUAGAUAUUAUUAUUAUUCAUUAAAAAUAUUCAGUCUUUCGGUGUGUGUUUGGUAGCUAACGUUAGCUUAAUGCUACGAGGCUAGUUAAGUUAAGCUGUUUCCUUGAUUGUGCAGCAGGUGGCGGUAAUGAACCCUGUUUCGUUCCGCCUUUAAACAAGAACAAGAAGAAGAGGAAGAAGGAGAAGAAAGAGAGGUAGUAAUUAGACAGCGGGUAACUAGAGUGCAAUAAUGCUUUAGUUCUCUGAACUGUUGUUUAGUUUCAGUUUCUCAUUUUAUUACGUAUUGAAGAGACUCAUUCGUUAUUUAAACAUCUCGAACUUUCCGUUUGCUACCGAGGAUUAAACAUGGCAAUAGCAAGCGUAGCUACAGAGUAUGUUUUCACAGACUUCUUAUUGAAAGACUCGAGUACAGAGGGGAAGUAUAAGAGCGCGCGCCUGGACCUGGCUCUGGAUAAGCUGGUUCUCUGUAUUGCAGUCGGCCUGCCGCUGCUCUUCAUCUCUCUGGCCUUCGCUCAGGAAGUUUCAGUCGGUACUCAGAUCAGCUGUUUCUCUCCCAUGAACUUCUCCUGGAGGCAGGCCGCGUUUGUGGACGCCUACUGCUGGGCAGACGUCCAGAAACAGAACACGGGGGGACUUCCACUCUCAAUUCAUAAGUUUUUCCCCUACAUCCUCUUGUUCGUAGCCAUGCUGAUGUACGUCCCAGCCCUGUUCUGGCGAUUCACUGUGACUCCUGGUCUCUCCUCCGAUCUGACCUUCAUUAUGGACCAACUGGACCGCUCUUACAACAGAGCCAUCAAACUGGCCAAGCGUCUCCACGGCAACCCCGACACGCACGGCUCUGCGUCAGACCUGACGGACAACUGCUUUAGGUACCCAUUGGUGGAACAGUAUCUGAAGACCAAACGUUUCUCCUUCGACCUGCUGCUGCGCUACCUGCUGUGCCGAGUCUUCACCUUCUUGGCUCUGGUCCUGGCCUGCGUCUACCUGUGUUACUACAUCCGGCUGUCUGUGACAGAUGAGUUUCAGUGUAAUAUCCGCUCAGGUGUGCUGUUUAACGACUCGACCGUGCCUGAAGCCCUGCAGUGCAAGCUAGUAGCUGUGGGUGUGUUCCAGCUCCUCAGUUACAUCAACCUUGCUGUGUACUUGCUGCUGGCACCCAUAUGUGUGUACACUAUGCUGGUUCCUCUGAGGAGCUCGGCUGGUUUCCUGAAGCCGUACGAGAUGCUGCCCACGCUUGGGGUGAUGGAGAUUGGACCCAGAGCUUGGGAUGAUCUGGCGAUGUACCUGCUGUUUCUGGAAGAGAACCUGAGUGAGCUAAAAAGCUACAAGUGCUUGAAGGUAUUAGAGCUCCUGAAGGAGUCUGGAGAGGUACAGUUUGACACCAUGGUCCUGCUGGAGGCACUGGGUCAGGUGAAAACGGAUGUGGUGGAUGGGAGACUGGAGAAGAACUCACAGACGGACACGGAGAAGACUUUGGGAAACUGUAUAGAGAUGAAAGAAGCCUCUCCUCUGCUGUCUGAGGACAGAGUCGGGACGUCUCGAGAUGACGCAGCUGUGCGCCAGAGAGUCACAUGAUGUUCCUGCAUCACAUGAUGGGGAUGUGGGUAAAUGCAACAUUAUGCCUGAUGAGACAUCAUGCAUUGUGGUCUGGAAAGCAGACACUGGAUAUGGUACUGUGUGUGUGUGUGUGUGUGUGUGUGUGGAGUUGAUUUGUAUGAAUCGAUAUCUUCAUUGCUGGAAUAUGCCAUGUUUAUCUCAUUUUUUUGUAAGUAGUGAUGAUGUGCUAUGAUGUAUGACUGAGGUGUGUAUAUGCUACGUGUUAAUGGUACAUAACGGUACACCGUUUAUCUCAUAUGGAACUGCAAAACUAACAUACAGUUUACUUGGGGAUGGAGACGGGUUUUGAGUUAUUUACACAUUGUAGAAAAUCAUAUCAGUGGUCCUUCAACUCGUGUAAUACUGUAUUUUGUAUUUUAUUUAUUUAUUUUGUUAAACAUGUUGAAUUUCAUAGCAUCAGGAAUGUAGAUUUCUAACCUCACUAUAUGAUUACCAAACACCCCAAUAUCAGUUUUCAGUGACUCAAGUGUCUUGCUCGGUCCCCAUUUUUAUUUUUAAAAAAAAAAAAUUUUGCCAUUAUUUAUACGUCAACUCGUUUGUGUUGGGAGAUUUUACAGCCUGUGUUUUCUAUAACUUGAAUAUUCUCUGUGGUACUUUUUUAUUACUAUUGUUGUUGUUGUUAUCAUAUGGGAGAUUUCUCUACUGUUAGCAUGCUCGUUUUGUUUCAGAGGGAAAAUCCAGGUAGCUGGUGAGCUAAUAUUCUGUAAGAUGUUGUUUAUUUUCUAAUUUUGUGGUUAAAAAUAAAUUCAAAGUUAGGUGGGCCGCUAUUGAAAGUGUAAUGCAAAUAACAAGCAAGUGAAGUGGGGUCAUGUUUGUUGACGGGGAUAUUUCCGAGAUCGAAUUCCUAUAAUAUUUAGAAUUGAAUUGUAUUCUGCACAAAUGUUCAUGUUGUUAAAAAAAAAAAAAAAAGAA